CUAUAAUGAUUGUACCCAGGUUUAACCAUUUUUACACAUCCUUAGAUGUAUAAUUGUAAGCCUUUUCAAUGUCUCUAUUGUCUAUUCCCCCGCAAAAAGUAAUUAACCUUAGACCUUGUUUAAAUAGUAGAAUGGCCAGCAUUAGCUAAAUUAGGGUUGGAUAUUGCAAGUAAUGCUUUUUUAACUCUCGCUUUUGUUCUGGUUAUUUAUCGACACUAUAAGGCUUUUGGAAAUAACUUGCAUAAGUCACUUUUAUCUGGUGGUAUUAUCUUCUCAGUCGGCGUUAUUGCCUCCAAUAUCCUCACGGCCAUUCUGAUAUCUGCACGAGCAAUGGGCGGGCUAUCGGCUGACUUGUACUCUUUUGACUGGGUGAUUACCAGUUAUCUCUUAAUCAAGCAGUUCAAAUCAAGUGGUGGUGCAAAGCAAAAAGAAUCGCAAGCUUCUCCUACGAAUGAACUUGCUGCUGAACAGACUGUUGUUGCAGACAUUCUCGAAUCCGAUAGCUCUGAAGAGGAAGAAGAUUCAGAUGAUGAAAAGGGCUCUUAUGUGGAUGAUAUUGAAAAAUGUUCUUCUUUUGCAGCAAGACAUAGUCUGGAAAGUGUUGUCGUUCACAAUAAGAAAGAAAUAAGUGGCAAAAACUCAUUUCGACUGAAUGACUCGACCUUUGCUUCUAAUACCAGCACUACCACUGCUAAUACUGCAAGGAGAGAUACCAAGCGAUCCACAGCAACCACUUAUAUCGACGACUUCCCCGCUACUUAUAAGGGUGUAGAGGAGUACAACACUACACUGUCUCCAACGCCUACUAUGUACGCAAAUUUUACUCCUCUCUAUUCACCUGCGAGUCAUAAAAUCACCUGCGAAAUGUGUUUAGCACCUAUACAUGGCUCAAACUACCCUCACAAAUGCGAAAAAAAAGUUGAAGACGACGUUUGAGCUUUAUGACAUAUAUUUUUAACAGUACGCUAUUAUGUUUUCCUUUUAAAAAAUUAUCCCAUUGAAUGUAAAUUUGUGCUUUGUAACCGACUACAG